AUGCCGACUCCCCUCGCCGACACGCCCACGCCCCCGACGCCCAUGGAGACGAUGGCAAACGAGCGCAAGAAUCCGCCGUUUGACCUGCGCCGCAUGACCUACGCCAUGGGCGACGGAGAGAAGGAGGUCAAGCUGCGCGAGAAGCACAUGAUGGAGAUCCAGCGGAAUCCGCUCUUCCGCCUCGACGACAUUCACGACUUCACGAAGGACCAGCUCCGCGAGCGCACUAUGGCCAAGUUCUCAACACUUGUAUCGUACGUUACCAGCGAAAGAAUUGAUGAGUUCCAGAAGCGAAUGAACGUCGUCUCGCUCGCCGACCCAGGAUUCUGGACUCGCUUCGUACUCCACUUCGGCCUCUUCCUCGGCGCCAUCCGGUCAGGCGCAACAGCCAACCAGAUGAGCUACUGGAUGUCGAAGGGACUCCUCGGUUUGAACGGCAUGAUCGGCUGCUUCGGCAUGACGGAACUCGCGCACGGAUCGAACGUCGCCGGACUCGAGACGACCGCGACUUUCGACGAGCAGACGGACGAGUUUGUGAUUCACACGCCGAGCGUCUCGGCUACCAAGUGGUGGAUCGGAGGCGCCGCCCACUCCGCCACGCACUGCUCCGUCUUCGCCCAGCUGAUCGUCAAAGGCCAAGUCUACGGCACAAAGACCUUCAUCGUGCCCCUCCGCGACCCGAAGACGUACCAGCUCUUGCCGGGAGUCGCGAUUGGAGACAUUGGGAAGAAGAUGGGUAGGGAUGGGAUCGAUAAUGGCUGGAUCCAAUUCACCAAUGUCCGCAUUCCUCGCGCCUACAUGCUCAUGAAGCACACCCAAGUGACGCGUGACGGCGAAGUGCGCGAGCCGCCCCUUGCGCAGCUUACGUACGGCGCGCUCCUCCAGGGCCGGACGGCGAUGGUCGCCGACGCCGCGAACGUCGCGAAGAAGGCUUUGACCAUUGCGAUUCGGUAUGCGGCGGUCAGGAGGCAGUUCAAGGUCGGCGAGAACGAGCUCGAGACGCAGCUGCUCGACUACCCGAUCCACCAGCGCCGCCUGUUGCCGCUCCUUUCGCAGGCCGUCGCGAUGGGCUUCACCUCGUACCGCAUGACCGCUCUCUUCGAGGAAAUGAGCGGCCAACUCGAGUCGCUCGGGUCCGACUCGGACGAGGCCGAGACCAAGGAGGUCCUCGAGAAACUCAAGGAGACGCAUGCGACGAGUGCCGGCUUGAAGGCGUUCUGCACGUGGAACGCCCUCGAGACGAUCGAGAAGUGCCGUGCGUCGUUGGGUGGCCAUGGAUACUCGGCGUACUCGGGCUUGCCUGGUAUGUACGCCGACCAAGCGGUCCAGUGUACCUGGGAGGGUGACAACACCAUCCUCACGCUCCAGUCGGGCCGCUCGCUCGUCUCGUCGUACGCCGACGCCGUCAAGGGCCAGAAGCUCCCCGGCGGCACCGCCUACCUCAACGGCCUCCCGGGCGUCUUGACCGCCUCGUGCCCGUCGGACGAGGCAACUCUCGACCUCAAGACUCUCGAAGCAGGCUGGGACACCGUCUCUGCCAACGUCGUCCGACAGGCGUACGAGAAAUUCGAGGGUGCGAUGAAGAGUGGCAAGGGAAGGGAAGAGGCGCUCGAGUUGUGCUCGCAGGAGCGGUUCAUUGCGGCACGGGUGCACACUGCCGGCUACAUGUUCCGCAUGUUCCACGAGGCGCUCGUCGAGCUCGCCAAGGACGAGCCAAAGGACAACGGCGUCAUCAAGACGCUCGACGAGAUCUGCCGCCUGUACGGAUGCUGGGCGAUCGAGGAGAACGCGGCACAGUUCCUCAAGUACAAGUUCUUCACCCCCAAGCAGAUGGACAUCAUCUCGAACGAGGUCACGAGCUUGUGCGCCGAGCUCCGCAAGUGCGCCGUCCUGCUCACCGACAGCUUCGGCUUCACCGACCACAUCAUCAACUCGCCGUUCGGACGGUACGACGGCAACGUCUACGAGUCGUACUACAACCAGGUCAAGGCGGCGAACCCGCACAGCCCUGUCGCGCCGUACUUCGAGCGCGUGAUCCGGCCCUUGAUCGAGCGCGAGCCGCUCGAGUUGGGCGACGACGCCGAAUCGAUGGAGCUCGACGACGAGAUUGCCGAGAUCCAGGCUGAGCGCGAGGAGGAGAAGGGCGAGGCUGAGAAGGCGGACGAGGCAGAGAAGGAGCUGAAGAAGCCUGCGGAGGAGUGA